ACAGAGCUGUUCACUUACUUGACCGACGGCAAUCAGUUCAUCUCACUCAACAGACGACAGACGAGAAAACAAAGGCGUCAAUCUCAGUCAGCAGUAUUGAAUACACCAAUCUUAUUUCUCGUAUAUACAUUACUACUUAGCUUCAAGUUUAUGCCUGCUUAUAGUUGUGUGAAGGUUUCGUUUAUUCGUUGUGACAGCAGUGAGCAGUGAAGUAGAGAAGUGGUAGUAUCUAGGCUAAUGGUGUCAAAGAAUUAAUGUUUGGUUAAGUUGUUGUAGUGAGUGUUGAGUUUAGUUCUACAUAUUUUGUAUGCUAUUUUAUGAUUUAUUAUUGUUGGCGCUGAAUUACAUUACAAAUAAUACAUUAUAGACAGUAGGAUUUUGAAGCAAAUAUGAACAAAAAACAAGUGCGUGUGUGGUGUGAUGGAUGCUAUGACAUGGUGCACUUUGGCCACGCUAACUCACUGCGGCAGGCCAAAGCCCUGGGAGACUACCUCAUAGUGGGCAUUCACACGGACGAGGAGAUCACAAAGCACAAGGGUCCUCCAGUCUUCACGCAGGAAGAGAGAUACAAGAUGGUGAGAGGGAUAAAGUGGGUCGAUGAAGUAGUCGAGGGAGCUCCCUACAUCACAACCCUGGAGACUUUGGACAAGUACCAAUGUGAUUUUUGCGUUCAUGGAGACGACAUCACCACAACUGCAGAUGGCGUUGACACUUAUCACCUGGUCAAAGGUGCCGGCAGAUACAAAGAGGUGCAGCGCACAGCCGGUGUAUCCACAACUGACGUGGUGGGUCGCAUGUUGCUGAUGACGAGACAGCACUUCCGCAGAGGUGCGCAGGAGUACGAGGUGGGGCGAGAGCCGUCGUCUGCGCUGGGAUUGGAUGCAACUGCACGGUCUCCGUGGACUAAAUGCUCCCAGUUCCUCCCCACGACGCAGAAGAUAAUACAGUUCAGCGAAGGCAAAGAGCCUAAGGUAUACUUCCUCCCCCUCACACCACCCCGUCCUGCUUCUCUUCUUCGGCUGAAGCCGGGCGACAAGAUAGUCUACGUCGCGGGAGCGUUUGACCUGUUUCAUGUCGGCCAUCUCGACUUUCUGCAGCAAGCCGCAGCACAGGGAGACUUCUUGAUAGUGGGUCUCCACACAGAUCCUGUAGUCAAUCGGUACAAGGGCAGCAACUACCCCAUCAUGAACCUGCACGAGAGGGUGCUCAGCGUAUUGGCAUGUAAGUACGUGUCGGAGGUGGUGAUCGGGGCACCAUAUACAGUGACUGAGGAACUGAUGAAACACUUCCAUGUUGAUUUGGUGUGUCACGGUCAGACACCCAUCAUGGCUGAUGAGGACGGUUCUGACCCGUACAGCGUGCCUAAAAAGCUAGAGGCCUUCCUAUCCUUGGACUCUCACAACCCUAUGACAACAGAGAAGAUAGUGGACAGAAUCAUCCGACACAAGCUUGAAUUUGAAGAGAGAAACAGAAAGAAAGAAGCUAAAGAACUGAAAGUUCUAGAAGCCUUGUCAAAAGUGAAGAUCAUUGGGAACUCAUAGCGACUCUGCACCCUUGCUCCUUCAUUCAUUACCAAAGAUCCAUUCCAUUAUGUAGAUAGGUAAUCUUCAGGUUUGUUGAUCUCACUACAGAGACAAGCAACACUGUGUUAUACUUUAUUUACAAAUUUAAAUGAGCUACUAGCUGUUAUUGAAAUUAUAUUUUUUAUUGAUUUGCAAAGAAUUAUUGUUAAAUAAUAUUUAAUAUAUUUUGUGCCAAAUUUAAUUUUUUUAAUCUAUAGCUUAUUCAACUAGUUUUAUGAAAUGGUCAUUGAUAGAACGAAAGAAUUAUUUACACUGUAUUUAUGUGGCUAUAUAGGCAAUCUUUUAUUUAACAUUUAUCCUGGUUUAAAUUCAACUUAUGUGGUUUAGUGUGUUAUUAUAAGUGGGCAUUGCAAUUCUUAUUUAUUAUGUAUGCAUUGUUGUAAAUAUUGAGUUUUAAUGAAUUAUAUUCUUUGUUCAAAUAUUAGUUUUUGUGUAAAAUUUGAUAUAAUUUUUAUUUAUUAUUAAGUGAUUUUUAUGGUUUAUUUAUUUUAUACAUAAUAUCAAUUCUUAGUUUAAACUAUAUAAUCGUUCAAACUUUGAUCUUAUAAUGCAUUUGUUUUUGUUAUUAAACAAAAUAUUAAAUUAAGAGUUUGGCAUGUGUUUUCAUUUAUGCAUUAUAUUUGAAAAUAACAUCUUUGCUUUGUUUAUGUUGAUGUUAAGAAGCUGUGAUAUUCUCCAUCUUAACAUGUGCACUAAAAUGUACUUAAUCAGAUUUUCAUUCGGUUUGAUGGAUUUGUCUAUGUACAAUGGAAAACUGUGAGUAAAGUGAGCAAUAAGUGGUGGCUUCUGUUGUUUUAACUUUAUUAAAGUUGUAACUUAAUUUCAUAUAUGAAUUUAAAAUUAACAACUAUUUUAAUUUGUUUAUUAACUAACCUUUUGGUUAUAUUUCCACUAGUGCUCACAUAGACAAUAAAUUCAAUUAGGUUAAUUUUCUUCUUUUACUCACUUUACUCAUUUUCAAACAAAACAAAGUUGUAAUUUUUGUUUAAACAUAAUAAAAUUAGAAUUUUAUAUGUUAAAACUGUAUGUUGAAUUAAUUAAAUUUUACAUCCCAGUCAACAGGUGAAACAAUUAAUUUAUUCCAUUGUAAAACUAACCAAAAGCAUUUCACAAUUUAAAAUGUACAUUUACUGUAAAACAACGAUUGCACUAAGAUAAGUAAUUUUUUUAAUAUUAAUUGAUGUUUCAAUUAUUUGUGGACAUUUUGUUAUGAUAUCAUUGUUUGCAUUACUAUUAACAUUAAAAUCUUAUUUGGGGAAAUGAUUAAUCAGAUUGCAAGGGAUUUGUUUCACAAUGUUUAUGUUGCAGCAUGUCAGUAGGGCUUACAACAACACUGAUUGUUAUAUCUAGUCACUAUAUUUUGAGUUAGUAAAUUUUUAGUCUUUAUAGCUUUACUCUUUAUGAAUUGUAGUGUGUAAAUAUAUUGUUAGUAGUUCUUAAUUUAUUGUAUAGUAAUCCUAUGCUUAAAAUCUAAUCUUAUAUAAACUUUCCAUGUGCUGUGCUUUCAUGGCAUCAACUUUACUUCGUUCUUCCACGCUGAUUACUACGCUUUUUUUAUAAAAGAUGCAAUUUUAAUCAAAAUGGUUUUUAAAAUAUUUGUAGAAGCUUUCAGUUGUGUAAGAAUUAAUAAAAAGAAAAAUCAUAUAAAUUUUCAAUAUUUGGAUGGGUUGUUUUAAUGAAAACAGCAUUUAAAUUAAUACUAAAUAAAUUUUGUGUAUGUUCAGUAUUACUUUUUAAAUCAAAAUAAUAAUGUUGCGGUAUUCAAAAACAUUAGAAUUCAGCCAAAUUAUACCUCAAACUGUGUUUUAUGUAAUUUUCCAUUCAAGUCUGAUUACAUUUACAAAUCACAGUCUAUUUCUUCUUUAUUGUUAAUUAACAAGAUCCAAAGUUUCUAUUGGAAUCUUCAUUAAGGCCAAUUGAAAAGAAACCAGUAAAUCUUAGCAAAAUAAAGCAGUCACAUAUAAAUAAACACAACAAAAUGGUAUUUCAGCAAUACUACUGCAUCCUCAGACAGAUAUUAUAUAUUGUUCUACAUUAUCCACACAACCAAAGCACUGACACCAAUGUAUUGUACACUGACAAUGUAACCAAACAUCUGUACCCCAGUCGAUGUUUUAAUGUGUAACAGUUGGCAUCGGUUGCUUGUAUGGUUGCUAAUCUUGCUUGUAUGCCUGGCAACAAUUUGCAAUAUUUAUAAACUUUCCAGUGAAUUUCCCUUAAUGCCUACAGUAUUCAAAGAAAGCCAAUGUAAUGGUACAUUUUUAGUAUUUUGUGUUUAUUGUAUUUGUGACGGUUUUCAGUGGUCUAUUUAGAUUAUUUUUCUCUAAUUUUCUUUCAACUUGUGUUAAUCCCCAGCCAUAAUCGUAUGUUAGAGAAUCUUGAAACAAAAUUUUAUUUGUAGUUGUUAGUACAAAUUGAUGUUUUAGGUUAUUUUCUGCUGUUAAAAUAAUAUUUCAAAUUAUCUAACUGUGGAAAUUUAGAACUAUAAACAAUAACUUAAACCUUUAAAUAAUAAAGCCUGAAUGGUCACAACAUAUAUUUUUGUGAAACAUGUUAUGUUUGUUUAAACAGGUGGUUUAUGUAUUGACAUGUAUUACACCAAAACAAAACUAGAAUCCUGACAUAUACUUUAUAAACUAGACAUCAUGUAUUUUUAUAAAAGGCAGAAUAUGUGCUCACAAUUGGAGCAAUAUUAAAACAGAUUGUACUGCAUGGACAUUUUAUAUCAAUAAUUUAAAUAUAUUUAUUAGUACAUUGGCUAUACCUUGAUAUUUAAUAAAAAUAUGUUGUGGUAAGAGUUAGUAUAUUACUAAUGAUUAAUCAUAUUGUCAUUGUUACUUGUUGAUAGGAAGAUCAGCAGACUUGCCUUGAAAACCAUCUUCUAGGACCCACUGAUUGACAGAACACAUAAAAGUACACAUAUUUUACACAUAGUUAGAAUGUAUAAAAUGCACUUUUUAAAAUACAUAACUAUGUGUAAAAUGUGUUCUUUCAAUCAGUUGGCCCUAGAAGGUAGUUUUCAAGAUAAAGUCUGCUGAUCAUCCUAUCAACUUGCAACAAUCCCUGGCUUUGAGCCCUAUUAAUUCAAAUCUAAUCGUAUAUCCACUUGAACUUGAUAGUUUCUUAAGUUUUCCCUCCUAGUGAGUAUACUUGAGUGUUCAACUCCAGUUUUGGGCUAUUUAGCUAUAAAUGGUCAGUUACAAAAAUGUAUUCCUUAUAUUAUGUCAUUUUAUCUUAGUCUCAUAAUGUAGGUUAUUGAGUAACAAUGGUUUUUAGUUGUUAUUUAGAAUCUGAAUUAUAAAUUUAUUUAUUUUAGAAAUGCAAAUGAGAUAUUAGUGGGUAUUAGCUAUGUUGCAUUAAAAGCUUGUUAUAAAUAAAAAUCAUUACAAUUA